AGCUCUGUACGACACUGCUUGUGGAUACUGUACUGUCGGUAAAGGAUGGGAAACCCAUGGGCUCUGUAUAACCUGUCUCAGCAGCAUGCCACCCCACAAAGGCCUCCUGCUUGGAGAAAUAGCAUCACGUUGCCUUUAAAGACGGCAUCACUAUGGUUUAUGGAGAGGGAGGAUGAGUCAUUGCUCUACUAUGCAUGACUCCCUCCUUUCCUCAAGCCAUGAAAGAAGCUAGUCCAAGCACAGCUCCCUGGACCCAUCUCUCUUCUGAAGACAUCAUUGCCUUAAAGAUGGUCAAGAUUGCUGCCUUGGUGCUGUUUACACUUUCAGCAGUUGCUUUUGCAGAGGAUCCAAAGCAGACAUCAGAAGAUGAUCCCUUCACCUUUGAUUAUGACAGAUUGCGUGUGGGGGGUCUGAUCUUGGCAGCAGUCCUGUGUUUGAUUGGCAUCACCAUCCUUCUCAGUGGACACUGCAGAUGCAAAUUCAACCAGGACAAAAGGAGGAGAGCAGGAAGUAGCGCCGCUGCACAACAGAUGCUCAAUGACCAAGGUCGAGCCAGUGAAUGUUAAGACCUGUGCAGAAGAGCACCUGAAAGUGGAAUAUAUCUCUGUUGUCUAAAUAUUUGAAAAGAGCAAGGGCCUCACGUGGGGUGGGAUGGAAUCCUACUUUUCUCAUUGGUUGCCGGUUGAGCUGAGUGUGGCUGUGUUGCCAAGAGGAAAUGUCUGAGAAGGCACACUGCUUUACUGUACCCUCACUGCCCAGUAAUUACACAGUUAACAUUGGAAGUAAUGGAGCACAAGCUGUCGUCAUUUAAAGCCCGAAAACAUCUGUUUUUGUUCUUUUGUAUUUAUACCAAAAAAAUGCUGUUUUCUCACGGGUUUGUCGUUUCAAUGUCCUUUUCAUCUCCUUUUUCAUUUUGAUGGAAAAGCUCACAAGCUUUGCCACAUUCCUAUGCGUGUGUCUAGUACUGGUCAUUUCCAUAAUCUGCACUCACUUCCACAAAACCAGCUACAGUAACUACAGUCAGUCUACUGUUUUAUUCAUAUUUAAAUUACUGAACUGCUUUCCAAUUUCUUGUUAUUGUAGUCCAGUAAAAUAAUAUCUGAACAUGUAUGUAUAUUUUAUUAGAAAUGUUUUAGCACCAGACUAAAAAACUUUUUGUGGUAUCACUUGUAUUACAGUAAAGGUAGAAAAGUGUAAACAUUUAUGAAAACUGAAGUACAGGAAGAUGCAGAAGGCCCAGUUGGAAACUAAACAGUAGUUACUUUAGUACAUUGUGUAAAAUUCUGCAUUUCUUCUUCCUUUCAAACUUCAGGUUUUUUCAUGAAAGCUGUUCUUACAGGUGGCUUCCAUGGACCAUGGCAAUGUUGCAGAAGGCCAUAUGUACAUCAUUUCAUAUGGAAACACUGUAGUAAAUUAAUUUUUGGGUUUAGUUUCAGUGCUAAAAAUCUGAUUCAGCACUCUGCAUAGGAAAAGUCCUUUUCUCAGUGACACGUAUGCAGUGUCUCUUGUCCUUGUCCACUGAGUGCAACACUAUGCUCCUGUGCUGCCAUCUUUGGGAAAAUUUAAUUUAUAGCAGGUAAAGCACAAAAUACAAUACACGUUUGCAAACAGUAAAGACAUGCUGAAAUAACAUCACAGACAGGUGACGUCACAUAAAAACACAACCAUUGAAUUUAAUUUUACACGGUGUAGCAUGUGUAAAAUUGUAAUUUAGACUCAUUUAAUUAACUGUGCCAGCUAUGAAUUGUUGAUUAAAACAUAGAUUAACUAAAAGGUAAUUAUUAAACCUGGGAGCUCAGGGCUCUGCAGAAUAGGAACUGUCCACCCCAGUUGACGUAAUUUUACAGUUUAUGAAAGCUGAUGAUAUUGUAGAGGUGUGUGUUUGUAUCAAUAUUUCUUUUCUAUGUCAUGUUCAUAUGAAGAUGCUUUGAUCCCUUCUAUGGGUACAUUGGUCACAUAGGUCUUCAUGCAAAAAUAAAUGUAACUUAAACUCUUAGAUAUACAGUCAUGAUGCUGAAGUAUCUCUAACAUUAUUAUACAUACAUACAGUAUAUUCAGUGAUACUGUAUAAUUCAAGAAAUAAAAUCUGUUAAACACUGUGAUCACACUUACAUACCAUAAACUUUAUUCAUUUGUGUGCCUAUAAAGCACUAUCUGGGUACCAAUGAAUGGAAAUAGGAACUGGUAGGUUUUCACUUCAGGCAUUACUUAGCUCUAAUGCUUACUUUUACUUUGCUAAAUACAAUAAAAUCAUCUUUAUUUUACAGGCUGUCUGCUUGUUUAGUCUGAUGACAGAUCAGGAGUAAUGUACAGUUGGUCUCCUACUUAAGAAUUUAAUCAGGACUGAGAUUUCAUUAAAAUUCAAGACAGCACCAGCAAAAUUACCAAUUCUAUAUGCAGCUCCUUUUAUAUUAUGUGCUUACAAAAAUGGUGGUGUUGGACGAAACGCUGUGAGAAUAGUAUGCUUGUAUCUAAAACCCUUCAACUUUUGUGAAAUUGCACCUUUUGUUUACUUUGAGUUGUUCAUAAACUUUAACAGAAGUAUCUACUAAAUAAAUAAA